AUGGCAACGUCCGUGAAUCCAAUCGUGUUUUUCGAUGUCACCCUGGGAGGCGAAUCCCUCGGCCGGAUCAAAAUGGAGCUCUUCCACGACACCGUCCCGCGAACCGCCGAGAAUUUCCGCCAGUUCUGCACGGGCGAGACCAAGAGCGCCCAAGGCCGGCCGCAGGGCUACAAGGGCAGCAAGUUCCACCGCGUGAUCAAGGACUUCAUGAUCCAGGGCGGGGACUUCUUGCACGGCGACGGCACGGGCUCGGCCUCGAUCUACGGCACGCGCUCGUUUGCGGAUGAGAACUUCAAGCUCAAGCACGAUACUGCGGGCUUGUUGAGUAUGGCGAAUUCCGGCCCGAAUACGAAUGGGUGCCAGUUCUUCAUUACGACGGUGCCGACGCCUUUCCUUAAUAACAAACAUGUUGUGUUCGGUAAGGUGGUCGACGGCAUGGAUGUCGUGCGGAAGAUUGAGAACGCGCGGACGACGAGGGAGAAGCCGAACCAGGAUAUCGUCAUCUCCCAGUGCGGUGAGAUGUGA